CUUAAAGUCUCUUAUCGUUUGAUUUCCAAUUUAAGCUUGACAACAAACCUAGAAAUGAGUUCAGGUGGUGCAUUUGGUGGCAACAGGGGACUCCGUCCGGUGCCUCCCGAAAAGGGAAUUUUCCCAUUGGAUCAUAUGCAUUUGUGUGACCUGGACAAGAAAGAAUAUCUCAACUGUCUAAAGACUGCUGGAAACAAGUCUGAAAUAUGUAGGGAAUUCUCAAAAAAAUAUCUGCAAUGCCGAAUGGAAAAGAACUUGAUGGCAAAGCAAGAUUUGGCAGAACUUGGUUUUAAAGAAGUUAAUGCAGAAACUCCGGGAGGUAAAAUUACCGAGAGGAUUGGUGAUCGCAACCAAUAAGUGUUUGAUAGUUUGCGAUAGUUAGCUUUAUUAAUGUUUGAUAAACACUGUAAGCUUAAGUAGGGGGUUGUGUAAUUUUUUACAUUAUCUUUGGUUUAUGAACUUAGUACCAUUUGUUUUUUUAAUACCAACAUAUAUCAAACAUAAACACACUUUCAAUUUAAAGUUUGUUGUAUAUAUAGCCAUUGUCCAAACUAGAUAUCCAUAAUUGUGUAUGCUUGGAUAGACAACGUGUUUUGACAAAAUCACAUCGACUUUGUUGAAGUUCCAAUGUAUAAUUUCAUCUCUAUUCAAUUCUUGA